AUGAAACUCUCGCGCCAGGCAUUCGCUGCAGCACUAUUUGCGCAACUCGCGCUUGGCUUCAAGUGCUCCCAACACGACAUUUUGAAGAAGUACAACGUCGAUAAGAACGACAUAACACAUACGAGCUCCAGGGAAACGCCCCCUAGCACUACGGAGGAGCAGUGGUGGAUCAAUAUAUGCCAGGAGAACACCAGUCCUGCACCCGAAAACUGUCAGAAAAAUGACUUGCUAUGUGGCAAAACCGUGGUGACGCUGCCCGACGAUCGUAACAAUAAACUGCUCACUCAACUGAUCGACUUCACCGAGUCUGUAUCCCAGAGCGCCAGCGUCAACGAUAAAAACGAGUUGGUGGUAGACCUCAAAAACGCCAAGUGGGGGCCAAACUCUAUCGACGCGGAGCUCACGUUUGUGUGUACCUCGCCAAACGACGCCAGCAGCGUCAGUUCCGUCACCUGGCAGGACCAGCGCGUUCUGAUCGCCAUAAAGGGCUCUGCGGGGUGCCUGAAGGGCGAGAAGGAUGGCGGAAAUGGCGACGACAAUGGCCAUGACGGUGGCGACAAUGGCAACGACGACGAUGGCAACAGAAAGGAUGGUGACGGAGGCGACCGCAAGCCACACAAGCGCGGCUCGAGCCUCGGAUCGUGGUUUGUGUGGCUCGUUACAUAUGCGUUGCUAUUCGCGCUCAUCUACCUGCUCGCGACCUCCUACAUGAGCACUCGCGGUGGUAAUUUCCGGGAGUUCCGCGAGGAAUUCGUCGAACGCUCGACAGGCCUGGCUGCAUCGCUGCCUCAGUUCGCUAAAGAGGUAGUGAGCAGGGUUAUCGGCCGUGGGUCUUCGUCUCAAAGAGGAGGCUACAGCGCUGUGUAG